AUGGAUCUCGAAGAUUCCCGACACAGAUCGAUCAGCCAAACCUCGCUCCACAGCUCCUAUCAAGCCCACGAGAGACAGAGUGACAUCUCCAGGCUACGGCCUCCUUCCCAGCUGCGGCGACCGUACCAGAGUCUGAAUGAAACUUCUGCUCUUCUCCGCUCUCCUGGUCCCCUCGAGAGCAUGCUGAAGACAACCACAGAGACUGGGGAUAUUGGCAUCUUCUCCAUCAAGCCCCCAACCCCUUCGAUUGGACAUCGCCAUCCUCGACGUCCGAGGCCUGAAAGACACAACAUCCGAGAUCAUUUCGCUCUAUGGCUCAUCGGCACAUCCAUCUCUAUCUCGAUCUUUGUCGCCCUCUUCCGAGGAUGGUUAUCGUUCCCACUCCUUGACAACGUGCAGUUCGAGACGGAUACCGUCCUUCAAAUCUUCCGGUACUUUUCAGAGUCUACCAAGCACAAGUGGCCUCCAACGCCCUCGCUCCCCAUUUCCAUAUCCAACACGCUUGAGAAGACCUGGGGUUCGGCCUGCUUCUCCCGCAAUGUCGGAUAA